GUCUUAGAUUAUUGUGCUACUUUCUGAGGAUUUUGCUGAUUUAGAAAUUAAUGGCUUUCGGGCUUCUAGGGUCACUUCCUAGUUCUUCUUCAACCACCAUCACUGGUGGGCAUUGCUGGAACAAUAAAAAGUACGUUGACCAUUCCUACGCAAGAUAUUAUGUAACAAGAUGUUCAUGGAAGAAGAAUGGAAAAUCAUCAAUGGAAAAUAAUAUCAUCAAGACAUCUUUGGAGAACAAUUGGACGAACCAUUAUUACAAAGGCAUUGAACCAAAAUCUACAUUUGAUAAAUAUGAAAAGAGACCCUUAAUCAAUGCAGUCACUACAGAAUCAUAUGAACCUGAACCACAAGCUUAUAAUUCAAAAAUUAUUAUUGAAUCUAUCAUACAUGGCUUUGAUAAUUUUCGCAAAUUUAGCAGAUUUUACGCAUUUAUGGGCCUUGUGGCAGGCUCAUUUUUUUCAUCACUCCUUGCCGUGGACAAUCUAUCACAAUUAUUUCCAACUUUUUUUAAUGGCUAUUUACAGUAUAUUGUACCACACUUCUUCAUGCAUCUCUAUAUUGUUGGAUUGAAUCAAUUAGCUGAUCUUGAAAUAGACAAGAUUAAUAAGCCAUAUCUUCCUUUAGCAUCUGGAGAAUUUUCUUUCACAAAUGGAAUUAUAACUGUGGCAUCAUUUUUAUUUCUGAGCUUUGGAUCUGCUUGGAUGAUAGGAUCAAAACCAUCGCUUUUGUCUCUUCUUGUCACUUUUGUGCUAAUGACAGCUUAUUCCAUUAAUUUACCUUUCUUAAGAUGGAAGAAAUCUACAACACUUACCGUAAUGGCUCAUGCAAUUGGGAUGACUACAUCGUUCAAUAUUGCAGCUUUUAUGCACAUGAAGGUUUCCGCACAUGCUAUCUUGGCUUUGAUUCUUUGGGUUCGUGCUAACUCUACAGAUCUAUCAAGCAACAUUUCAUUGCAAUCCUUUUACAUGUUUAUAUUUAAGCUCAUUUAUGUGGAAAACAUCGUUACACUUCUCGUUAGAUGAAAAUGAAAAUGAAACAGAAAUGUUGUUUAAGAGAUGAUGCCAAGGCACAUGUCCUAUGAAACUGCUCUUCUGAAGAAGGCUGAUUUUUAUAUUA